GUUAAUGAGCAAGGUGUUCUCUCCAUAUUAACGCAAUCUAGGAGGUAGGCAAAUUAUUUUGUAAUAGAUGCUUUAACAUCUACAUCAUGUUGAGACUGCUAAAAGCACUCUCUCAUAAACCAACUCUCCUGUUUUCAAAUUCCUUGAUCAAUACAAAGAAGUCAUCAAUACAUUUCAUAUGGUAUAAAAAAUUCAAUAAAAACGACCAUCCGUUGAGAAAUUUAAAAACAACUUAAACCACCUAUACCGAACAUCAAAAGAAUUUUGAAAAAUGUAUACUUAAAUAUAUUUUCAUUAUUAAUCCAUAAAUAGAGAAUCCAGGAAAUGAACAACAAGACCACAAUCAAUCCACCUCUCUUCUUUUGAAGAGUCGAUAAGAGUCUUAUCAAUAAGACUUGUCAAAUAAGUAAUCAACUUCAAUUUAAUAAGUGCAGCCACAGCCACAAAAAAAAGAAAUACAAUAUGAUAUUGAGAUUGGGAAAGCAUUGCUAAAAAAAUACCUUAAUUAUCUGAUCCUCUCUUUAAAAUUAAAAUAAUUGACUUGAUUGUUUCUAACAGGAUCUAUUGUGACGAUGACUAUGCAUUCCUUGUAUGCCUUAUUUCAAGUGUGAAUAAUGCAGAAUAAUCCAAAUCAUACUAAUAGUGAG